UUGUUCCAGUCUGAUGUGGCUCAAACUCUUCCUGGGCUGGGAACAAAUUCCCCCAGGUGUUUGGUUGUUGGGGGAGCAGAAAAUGGUGGGUGAUGAUCUGAUUCCUGAUGGUGGAAAAGACUCGUCUUUUUCCUCAUCACAACCCCACAACGCAACCUAUUUGAAAGAAUGGUCCAUGGUGUUGAUCAGAGACUCUCCCGCCCACGGUGACUGCUCCGUCUUCCCCCCAGUCAACCACGAGAAUCUGCACAUUCCCUCACAGCCCUGUGAAGAACAACAAAACCCACUAUCACCUUCAUCAUCUUCAUCGUCAUCGUCAUCGCCAUCGUCAUCGUCAUCGUCAUUUACAUUGUCAUCAUCACUCUCACCGUCUGAUUCCUUCGAUUCGGACUCGCUACCUGCUCCACCGUCAGAUUCCACGGUCAAAAGGGCUGGCGAGGUGACGAGCUGGAUUGGGAUUGGGCUUGAGGUCUUACGUUGUAAGGUUGUCGCUGUGGUUUCCUCGUUUCGAAAUUAUGUUGCCUACAACAGAGGGGCAUUUCGGUCAUUUGGACCCGUCGCGGCCGCGGCCUUGUUGGUGGUGUGGACGUUGUUUAUGCGGUAUCGUCGGCGGCGGCGACGAGCGGAGAGUGUGGGGCGUUUGAUGCAGAUUAUUAAGGCGAAAGAUGAGAAAAUUACACAACUCUUGCACCAGAUUGCUCAAAUGAAUAAAGUGCUGGUAGCCCGCCACAGAGAUCUUUGAAGCAUUCGGGCUUUGGAUUGACAUUGACUAAAUUGAUUGUAGCAAUUCUUCUGCUAUAUGUUAUGCACAAAUCUUCAACGGAACAUGGGUAUGCUUCUCCAGAUGCCUCUACAUCAUACAACUGGAACCACAAUUUGAGCUCUGCAAAAUUCAUGUAUUGCAAGGAAAAUGUUGCAGAUGUGGGACUGGUAUCUGAGCUUUUGAAGAUAUGUUAAUGGAGUUCUAAAGAUGUCCCAUACUCUUCAUAAUUGGAUGUGGCCGAGCCGGGGACCAGGAUCCGAGCUUUGGAAUAUGCACUUGAUGAAGUUUAAGAAUUCUGGCAUCAUCGCCAAAUACGGUAGAUUAGUUUCUGAUUUAUUUUCCUUUUUCUUUUCUUUUUUUUUCUGUUUUUUUUUUUUGUAACAUUCUGAUUUAUUUUCUUGAUCUGUAGACAAAUUAGCUAAAUUUAUUAGGCUAUUUUAUGUAGCUAGUUUACUAUGUGAUGUGAUUAUUGACAAAUUUUGUGUGUUGCACUUCCAAGGACUCCCACAGUUUAAUGGCAAACUAGGAAUAAGCUUCUUCUAAUUUGCCUCUGUUGGUAUCUGCAGAUAAUGCAUUGAGGUCCCAAACUGGAUUAGGAUCCCUACAAUUUAUUUGCAAAUUACGGAAUUUUGGCAGUUUUUAGU